AAAUACGUUCUUACCUAAAUUUUGCAUUAUAAAGUUGACUCGUAUCCAUUCCUGCAUCACUCAAUAUAUAACACAAAGACACAAAGACACAAACCAAAUAAACCAUACAAGAGAGAGAGAGAGAGAAAAGAUUAAGAAGAAGAAGAAACUAUGUCAAAGACAAACAUUCUAAUCGUCGCAGCACUUUUACUUAGCUUCAUGGUUAUUACUUCGCUGGCUCGUCCAGACUCAACUCUCCAGAGCAAAUCUACGAAGUGUGAAACGCAAGAGUGUUUGAUGAAAUCGACGUCGGAUGCUCACUUGGAUUACAUCUACACUCAACAGUCUCCCCCAAAACCGCAUGCACUUAAAGAGAUGGAGAAGAAGUGUGAAACAGAGGAAUGUUUGAUGAAAACGACGUCGGAUGCCCACCUUGAUUACAUAUACACUCAGCCGUCUCCUGCAAAACCGCAUGCACUUAAAGCCAAUCCUUAAUCAUAAGUAUUCAACUUGUUUAUCAAUAUUCCAAAUAGUGUGUUGUUGAAUUGGUAAUCGACAAUUUAAAGAAAGCUUCAAAUGUAAAAGCUAAACUAUCAAGACGUUUGCCUUAA